AUGCCGGCUUACAAGAGUGCAAUGUCUCACCAGGGGUCCGGGGGCCUGCAGCAUGGUGUCGGUAAGACAGAGGAGGAGAUGAGUAGGCCAGUACCUGUUUACAGGCGCCCAUGGCUCACAGUAGGAUACCGCUUCAGGCGGAUGCGGCUCCCUGAGGUCCCACGCUUGCUGGGGACCUCAGCAGCAACAUCUAAAGUGCCGGUAUCAGGACUUAUCAGGCACCUGGCCUGCCACCCAGACACAACACUCAAAAACCGGACUGUCCGUCCUCCUAAUGGUGAAUCAGCAUCAUCACCUCUGUCCAGUGAGCAGGCAGUGGACCCAGAAAGCAGUAAUGCCAAACCAGAAAGUAGCAGAGUGACUGUGUUGAUUAGCAGAGGUGUCUGUAUAGCAAGCAUGGCCGGCCAUAAUUACAACUCCUUUGGCAUGAAAACCAGAAUUCCUGAAAGCAAUGGUGGUGGUUUGUAUCGCACAGUACACCUUUGUGAAUUUGUCACUGGAGCAAGGAGACUAGAAGACACAAUUGAAGGUUAUGAAGACAUAGCACAAUCAUCGCUGUAUGAGCAGCUACGGGUUGAACGUCCUGAGCCCUGGAUCGUCAGACAGGUAAUCUAUGCAGAGAUUAGCCACCCGGAAGAAGAGGGUGACCUGGCAGAUAUCAAGUCUUCUCUGGUCAAUGAGACUGAAAUCACCCCUAGCAGCAACAGCCAUGAGAUAUCCAGAAGAAGGCAAGACUCAUACCAUGAAAAGUCUAGAGAGCACCCAGACGAUUCUGGAAAACAUCCGGACGGUGGUUUAUACAGCAAAGGCCAUUCGUAUGCUGGAUACCCAAGCUACAUCAUGAUGCCAAAUAUGAAUAAUGACCCAUACAUGUCAAAUGGAUCUUUGUCUCCACCCAUUCCUAGAACAUCAAACAAGGUGCCAGUUGUGCAGCCAUCACAUGCAGUGCAUCCCCUCACACCUCUCAUCACAUACAGUGACGAGCACUUUGCCCCAGGAGCUCACCCUUCACAUAUUCCGUCAGAUGUCUGCUCAAAGCAAGGCAUGCACAGGCAUCCUCAAGCACCUGACCUUCCUACCUUCUACCCGCUGUCUCCUGGAGGAGUGGGCCAGAUGACACCACCUCUUGGCUGGUAUUCACAUCACAUGGUCCCAGGUCCUCCAGGUCAUCACACAACUGGAAUCCCUCAUCCCGCUAUUGUCAAUCCUCAGGUUAAACAAGAACACCACCACGGUGACAAUGACCUAAUGCAUGUGAAAUCUCAUCAUGAACAGAGAAAAGAGCAGGAGCCAAAAAGACCUCAUAUAAAGAAGCCGCUGAAUGCUUUCAUGUUGUAUAUGAAAGAGAUGAGAGCGAAUGUCGUAGCAGAGUGUACGCUUAAAGAAAGUGCCGCCAUCAAUCAGAUUCUCGGCAGAAGGUGGCAUGCUUUAUCUCGUGAAGAACAGGCCAAAUAUUAUGAGUUAGCUCGCAAAGAAAGGCAGCUACACAUGCAGCUCUAUCCAGGCUGGUCUGCAAGAGACAACUAUGGUAAAAAAAAGAAAAGGAAGAGAGAAAAGCUCCAGGAAUCCACAUCAGGUGGAAAAAAGAAUUCAUUCUCAGCGUGCAAAGCAAAGGCAGCCACAACAACAGGAGGACUUCUGGAGAUGGAAGCUUGUUAAACGUCUUCGGCUUCCUUACAACCACCACAUUUCCCCUAAGGAGUCCUUCAAUGACAUUUUAUGCCACUGCUAGAGACACUGUACCGUAUAGACAAUCACUGCCGGAGGUUUGGCACCACUGGUACCACGGGCCUUCAUGUAAUGCAGCUAUGUCCCUUAGAGAUAGAAAAUGGAGGAAUCAUUAGGACAUGUUGUAAUCCAAAGUUUUCAUACUUCCUACCUGCAGCGUUCAGUGCAUACGUGAAGCUCCUAAACCAGACACAGACCAAACAGUGCUAAUUUUGGACAUAAAACAUGGACAAGACAAACCUCUUUUAUUUAAAAAUGGAGCAAAAGGAUCAAAAUUUGUGUUUUUGUUUCUUUUUUUUUUAUCAUUGUUUUGUUUAUUCUCCAUAAAACUUGAAUGCUUUUAUAUAUCAGAUUUAGGGUUGAUUGAUGUAUAUUUUAUUAGUCAGGGUAUAAACUAAGCCCUUUCCCUUUUCCUGCAAAAAUAUUUUUUUUGUUUCGCAGAUAUAUGGCUUUUUUAUUCCUUCUUUUCCCCCAUUCUGUUCGGGUUGAUUAAGCAGCCUUCCACAUUUCAAUGGUUGAAAGUGCGGGAAUUCUUGUCCGAAACUAUGGCCACUAAGGGACCUGUUUGAGAUGACAUCCACUUUGUAUCUUGGAAGCUUCCACUAAUGUUGAGUGGAAACAAGUUAAAGGAAACAAAGUUUAUUAUAAAGAAUAAGUGCGGUAUAUGUGUUUUCUUAAAGUUAUAAAAGUAAAAAAGGCCUAAAACCCUGAUCAUUUUGUAUACCUACCCCUUCUUGGCCAAGGAACAUGGGAGGUCUAUUUAAUCAAGACAUGAUGUGUUUACCAAGUCAUCUUUUAGACUCAUGGCUGACUUUCAAGUGAAACUAGGUUCUUCUAGUUUAUUUUUAUUGCCCUAUUGGAUCAUUUUGUGCAGUAAGGUGGAUCUGAGUGCCAUAAUUCAUAAAUCCGUAUGGAUAGCUUUACACCUUUUAUUGGCAGAUUUUCUCCACCAACUAGUCUUGCCUGCAACUAAGCGAUUCUUUAUUUUCACAUAAUCUCAGUGUUUCUUCCAUUUGUGUCAUCAAAUACCUAUAAUUUCAUAUAAACUUAAUUUGUUAGGGAGGCUUUCAUAGUCGUACAUUUGGCCUAUUUGGAAACAUCUCCCAUACGUCCCAAGGAAAAGGUGAUACAGUUUUGAGUAUUCGCUUUCCACAUGUUGUGAAAAAAAGAAGCCCAGCACUUGGAUUCAUUGUAACAAUGUAAAUUGUUCUGUAUUGUAUUUGUAUUAUUUUCUUCUGCUAUCCUAUAGUGGGAUUUGAUGCCAGUUGUUGGGAAAUAAAGCAUUGUGAUGUCUCCCUCUUACUGAUGGCAAAGUUCAGGCUUUGCAGAAAGAAAACUGUCAGUUUGUUUUUUUCUUUUGUCAUUCCAAUUUGAGUUAAUGUGCUGAGCAUAUGUUUUUAAAAAAAAAAAAGCUUUGUAAUAAAACAGAAAAAAUAUUAUAC